ACACCAAGUGAAAGGUCACGCAACGCACCUUACUCGCGUUUCCUCCUCUUCAAUAUCGGCAAUUAUUCUAUUCUUUCCCCAGGUCCCAAACCCUAGAACCACAAUGAAACCAGAUCUUCUCCUUUCUCAAUGGAACUUCUCUUGAUUAGGAUUAUCGUUUCAAUUAUCAUCAUCAAACCCUAGCUGUCCUUCGUUUUUCUCGGCCAUGGAGGGCUCCGUUGACGAGAUCGGAGCCCCUGACUCAUGGGAGAUGGCGGAUAUUGACGAGAGAAUGAGUCGGUUGAUGAUCUUGUCGUCGAAGAAACCCUCAGCUUCUCAAUCUCCUUCUCACGGCGAAGCGCCGACGACAGCUUCGUCGGCGACGGCGGCGCUGAACCAAGUGGAUCAGUUUCUUAGAGAGGCGUUGGAAAAACCUAGAGAGAGGUUAUCUAUUCUGAGGAUGGAGCAAGAUGUUGAGAAGUUUCUGCGCAACCCUACUCAACAGCAGUUGGAAUUUCAGGCACUUCCUACCUCCUAUCUUCGAUUAGCAGCACAUCGCAUAGCCCAGCACUAUGGCCUACAGUCAUUGGCUCUACCAGAUAAUAGCAUGCCUGAUGGAUCUGGCUCACGUAUUGUGCUUCAGAAAACUUCCGAGACUCGUUUCCCUAUGAUUCGUCUUGCAGAUAUUCCUGUCAAUCUCCCAAAUGAGGAUGGUAAUGUUGCAGUUAAAGUAGCAAUCAAACAGAGGCCACAGAAGGGUUCACAAAAUAUUAGCAAUUCAAGUUCCCAUUCUUCCAAGAUUAAUCAUGUUAAAAGUGUUGAAGAAAGGAAAGAAGACUAUAACAGGGCACGUGCACGUAUAUUUAGCAAUAGCAGUAGCAGUAGUAGUGGUACCAUAGGCAAGUCAGAAGUUGACUCCUUUGUGGAUGACAGUUUCCAGCACUGCUCCAUGAUGAUGCCUAGGCCUGAUGAACGAUUUUCUUUUGAACGGCCUGAAAAUAAUUCUGGAAGGACUUUGAAUGGGUCUGCUUCAGGUAGCAAUAGGUUGAACAGAAACAAAACAGAUAAAGAGCCAGUUGUUAGCAGAUACAGGGCAAGUAAUAGAGUCGCGAUCUUCCGUGAUCGUGAGGUGGAGCGCAAGGAUCCAGAUUUUGAUAGGAAUUAUGACAGAUACAUGCAAAGAUUUGAUCCGGGCUUUGGAUUUAGCGGAGGACCAUACACUAUGCAACCACUAUUUUCACCUGCAGUAAAUUACAAUACAGAAUUUCCACAGCUUGGUUCAGGUCCUAGGCCUCAAAUUUCCAUUGAACCACCACCUCGGUCUGUCCCUCAACAAAUGCGUGGACCUUGGCCUGGACAAGCUGUACAAUCAGCACCUUCUCCAGUUGGCUAUGGUCCUGAUGGUAUGAUGGCAUCCUUCAAUCCAAGUCGUGUUGGCUCUCAUCCUGGGUCAUCAGUGUAUAUGCAUCCAUCCCAAUAUUCUCUCCCACUGCGUCCUGGCGUUUCAUUUGUCCAUCCACAUGAGCAUGUUCAGCUUUUUGCACAGACUCAUCAACAGCAAUCUGAAGCGAGUUUUGGGUUAGCUCGGCCCCGUUGAGGGGCUUGGGCAUGCCUGCACCUGCCAGCGCGAACUAUGAGCUUAAAACUGCGGGCUGCCUCGUUUGAGGCUUUCUUGUAUGUUGGCAGGGUGAUUGCAGGCAUACUAGGACCGAGAUUGGAUGCACUACUGCACAUUGAACUCACUCAGCAAUCUCUGGCUUUCUCGGUUAUCUUUUGAUGCUUCUUGAUGUUUCUUGAUGUUUCGAUGCAAGAAGACAUAUGAUUAAAGAUAAAGUCAAGCCGUGCUUGGCUUCAGAAUUGAAAUCUGCAAAUUCAGCUGCAGGGGGAAGAAAGAUGACACUUGCAAUUGUGAUAUAAGCCCUCCAAUUAGGGUGAUGGAGAUGCAGCACAUGCUGUCGCCAUCCUCUGUUUCAGACAAGCAGUCAGGAUACUGGGGGAUCUUUGUCCUGGCCAAGUGCCGAGGGAAGCGAACUCUAUCUUCUUCUUCUCUUUGAAGGUAUGGUGCUCAAAUGGUUAACUUAUUCUUAAUAUUGAAGAGCAUCAUUUAAAAGGCUUUGCGUGUGAUUACUAUAUUUAGUACCGAAGGAAUUAUUGUAAUUAAGACAGACUGCUUUGUUAGAUAACUUUUAACACUUUAUGGUUUUCUACUCAUAUGAUGCUACUAUUGAUGUAGUGUGUGGAAAAAUCUUAUGUUCUGCUUUCGCUUAGUAUGACAAGAAAUCUUAAAAAGUCCAAUAUGUUAAUAUUUCAUUAGCCUCCUUGUGAACC